UUCAUGGGUAUUUGGAAAAGCUGGGUGAGGGAGUGAGCGAAAGGCGGAGAGUGCUAGGCCACGGACAUUGUGGGUUUAAGGUUCCCACUCUUUUUAGGCUGGCGGCUGACCCAAGCGUAUGCCCCCCCCUCCCCUCCCCCAACGAGAACGAUUUCGACGGAGCCGCAGGACAAAAUAGGGAGGAUAGUGGAAGCGACUGGAAUGAGAGAAGAAGAGAGCUGAUUUAGGAGAUAAGGUACGACAGACAGAGGCAUCGCGGCGGUAGACACCAGCUAGACAACGGUAGCUACGGACGAAGGGAGAAAAAGGAAGACAUAAAAAAGUGGGAAGGCUUGAUAGUUUUGUAAAGCGAACAGAGUAAACAAAUUGUGGAAACGUUAGUUCACCGGGUAUGGCAGACGCAGACGUCGACUUCCAGACAGGCGAUGCCGGGGCAUCCGCCACCUUCCCCCAGCAAUGCUCGGCCCUGCGCAAGAACGGCUUUGUGGUGCUGAAGGGACGACCCUGCAAGAUUGUGGAGAUGUCCACGUCCAAGACCGGCAAACACGGCCACGCUAAGGUCCACAUGGUUGGUAUUGACAUCUUCAACGGAAAGAAGUAUGAGGAUAUCUGUCCCUCCACCCACAACAUGGACGUACCCAACAUCAAGAGACUAGACUACCAGUUGAUUGGGAUCACGGAUGGUUACUUGUCUCUGCUCCAGGACAGCGGUGAAGUGAGAGAGGACCUGAAGAUGCCAGAAGGAGACAUGGGCAAAGAAAUCGAAACCAAGUACGACGCUGGAGAAGAGAUUCUGAUCACUGUUCUGUCUGCGAUGAAUGAGGAGGCUGCAGUUGCCAUCAAGGCCAUGGCUAAAUAAGACACUGCAGGUUACACGUACAUAACACUGUAUGUCUAUGGACCAAGGGGAAGGCAACUCCAAGACUGCUUUUUGGAGAACAUCUCUAUUCAAGACCUUGAACUGCAGAGACGUUGGCACAACAGGAGUUAUGGUUAAUGUUGAUCAAGGUCUUUCUGAAUGUAUCUUAUUUAUUUGUAUGUCUUUUUUAUCAGCCAAGCUUAGGUACAUGUUUUACUUUGCCUAAGGACGCACUGAAACACUUUAGCUGGUCCCCCAGGCGACUUAUUUAUUUGUUUUUAUAUCACAGGAGGUUGGUGGCAUCUUAAUUGGUGGAGGACGGGCUCAUGGGAAAGGCUGGAGUGGAAUAGGUGGAAUGGAAUCAAAUACAUAAUAAUGUCUGUAACGGCGCAAAUGGAAUGGCCUCAAACACAUGGACAAUGUGCCAUUAUUAUGAACCGUCCUCCCCUCAGCAGCCUCCUGUGUUUGAAAUGUUACUGUUGGUUUACCUGGUUGUAGUCUUCAUUCACACUACAGUAUAUGUCUGUUUUGAAAAACAUGUUGAAACAAGGGAAUUGUUUAAGAGUACUAUACAAUAUACUGGGGAUGUCUUGUUUUUCCAUGUACAUUGCAUUCGGAAAGUAUUCAGACCCCUUGACUUUUUCCACAUUUUGUUACCUUUACAGCCUUAUUCUGAAAUGGAUUAAAUAGUUUUUUUCCCUCAUCAAUUUACACAAAACCCCAUCAUGACAAAGCAAAACAGGUUUUUAGAAAUGUUUGCAAAUAAAAUACAAAAGAAAACUAAAAUAUCACAUUUACAUAAGUAUUUACUCAGUACUUUGUUGAAACACCUUUGGCAAUGAUUACAGCCUCGAGUCUUCUUAGGUAUGAAGCUACAAACGUGGCACACCUGUAUUUGGGGAGUUUCUUUCUUUUCUUUCUCCCAUUCUUCUCUGCAGAUCCUCUCAAGCUCUGUCACGUUGGAUGGGAAGUGUUGCUGCACAGCUAUUUUCAGGUCUCUCCACAGAUCGAUCGGGUUCAAGUCCGGGCUCUGGCUGGGCCACUCAAGGACAUUCAGAGACUUGUCCAAUAGGCACUCCUGCGUUGCCUUGGCUAUGUGCUUAGGGUCGUUGUCCUGUUGGUAUAUGAACCUUCUGAGCGCUCUGGAGCAGGUUUUCAUCAAGGAUCUCUCUGUACUUUGGCCCAUUCAUAUUUCCCUCGAUCCUGACUAGUCUCCCAGUCCCUGCCGCUGAAAAACAUCCCCACAGCAUGAUGCUGCCACCACCAUGCUUCACAGUAGGGAUGGUGCCAGGUUUCCUCCCGGCGUGACGCUUGGCAUUCAGUCCAAAGAGUUCAAUCUUGGUUUCAUCAGACCAGAGAAUAUUGUUUCUGUAAUAUUUCAGUUUUUAAUUUUUUAAAUAAAUUUGCUAAAAUUUCUAAAAGAACAGUUUUUGCUUUGUAAUUAUGGGGUAUUGUGAGUAGAUUGAUGAGGGGGGGACUAUUUAAUCAAUCUUAGAAUAAGUCUGUAACGUAACAAAAUGUGGAAAAAGUCAAGGGGACUGAAUACUUUCCGAAUGCACUGUAUAUUAUAUGAAAUCUGUGAAAGGUACAGUACUGUUACAGCAAUAGACUUGCCUACCCCUUAUGCACGUAUUACUUGCUUACAUAUGUUGUUAUUUAUUUACAGUAUUUAUGUAUGAGCACAUGUAUAUAUAAAGAGUUGUUUUAUAUAGA